CCCGAGCUCCAUUGCGGAAGCCGAGGCUCGCCAUAUUGUGCGGCGGCGCCGGCGGCUUGUGCCCGAGUCUCGCUCCGGCCGCGGCGCGCGGAGCCCCGGGUUGGGGCAGGAGCCGCAAUGUCUCAGGCUGUGCAGACAAAUGGAACUCAGCCAUUAAGCAAAACAUGGGAGCUCAGUUUAUAUGAACUACAACGAACACCUCAGGAGGCAAUAACAGAUGGCUUAGAAAUUGUGGUUUCACCUCGAAGUCUACACAGUGAAUUAAUGUGCCCAAUUUGUUUGGAUAUGUUGAAGAACACCAUGACUACAAAAGAGUGCUUACAUCGUUUUUGUGCAGACUGCAUUAUCACAGCCCUCAGAAGUGGCAAUAAAGAAUGCCCUACCUGUCGGAAAAAGCUAGUUUCCAAAAGAUCACUAAGACCAGACCCAAACUUCGAUGCACUCAUCAGCAAAAUUUAUCCAAGUCGUGAUGAGUAUGAAGCUCAUCAAGAAAGAGUAUUAGCCAGGAUCAACAAGCACAAUAAUCAGCAGGCACUCAGCCACAGUAUUGAGGAGGGACUGAAGAUUCAGGCUAUGAACAGAUUACAGCGAGGUAAGAAACAACAGAUUGAGAAUGGUAGUGGAGCAGAAGACAAUGGAGACAGUUCUCACUGUAGUAACGCGUCCACGCAUAGCAAUCAGGAAGCAGGACCUAGUAACAAACGGACCAAAACAUCUGAUGAUUCCGGGCUUGAGCUUGAUAAUAGUAAUGCAACAGUGGCAAUUGACCCAGUAAUGGACGGCGCUGGUGAAAUUGAAUUAGUGUUCAGGCCUCAUCCCACGCUUAUGGAAAAAGAUGACAGUGCACAGACAAGAUACAUAAAGACUUCAGGUAAUGCCACUGUUGAUCACUUAUCCAAGUAUCUGGCUGUGAGGUUAGCUUUAGAAGAACUUCGAAGCAAAGGAGAAUCAAACCAGAUGAACCUUGAUACGGCCAGUGAGAAGCAGUAUACCAUUUACAUAGCAACAGCCAGUGGCCAGUUCACUGUGUUAAAUGGCUCUUUUUCUUUGGAAUUGGUCAGUGAGAAAUACUGGAAGGUGAACAAACCCAUGGAACUUUAUUAUGCACCCACAAAGGAGCACAAAUGAGAUUUUACUAAAACCAGUUCUGAGAAUGAACUUUUUUAUAGCCUAUUUCUUUAAUAUUAAAGAUGUACCGUCAUUACUUUUAUGGACAGAACAUUGGAUAUGUUAUUCAGUUUUCUUUCUGAGCCAGAUUUGUUUACACUAUUAGAAUCUUUUCCCCUUAAUUUAAGAUCUCCUUUUUGGAAGAAACUGCAAUUAUUCAGUACUUUUUCUUUCCUUUAAAAAGUAUAUCUAAAUUGUAUGUUUUCACAAAGUGUGGUUCCAUUUGGAGCAUCUUGGAGCUUUUGACCCAGGAAUUUUUCAUAGUUCUGUAUUCUUGAGUGAAGAUUCAGUUGGCCAUCUUUCUCCCUCCCUUCAAAAGUUUUUU